AUGACAGCUCACCUCAAACCCCUUGCUUUACAAAGCCUAUGUGGCUACUCUUAUAGCACUGAUUCUAUCAACGCUGCCCUUCCACUCGAGGAAGUUUCUCGAGACAAUGAAAGCAUUCAGCUACCCCCAGGAUUUCCCGACUUUAUUCAAGAGAUAUCCCUUCAGAGCAACACCAUCACUCCGCAUGUUGUAGAGUUAGGCGAAGAUGACAUUGACGAGAUUGAGACUUCCUUGCAUGCUUUCAAAGGUCUUGAAAUGAACGGCGAUGAUGUCAAUCGUGAGAGGUUCCCGCUACCGGGUCUUGAGAAAAGGCUCGACCAAUGUGCUCUAGAAACGCACUUUGGACCAGGUCUCUGUGUUAUCAAGGGGCUGGAUCCGAGGAACUACUCUAUUGAAGACAAUAUGAUCAUUUUCCUCGGCAUCUCAAGCUACCUCGGAGGUAUGAGAGGAAUACAAGGUAUUAACCGGUCGAUGGGAACAAUGAUCACACAUGUCACGGAUUUCAAGGCCUGGACAGUUCCCAAGGACAGACGACACGGUAUACACACGAACCACUAUCUGCCGUUUCACAAUGAUAUGGGAUGCGAUAUACUUGCCAUCCAAGUCCGCGAGUGUGCCCAAACUGGAGGCCGAACGUGUGUGGUUCCAUUCAGCGCCGUCUAUAACGAGCUGGCUGUGUCGAACCCACAGGUGCUUCAAGUUUUGGCCAGAUCAGAUUGGCCAGUGAGGACUAGCCCAAAGCGUUACAUCCUAUCCCCACUCCUCGAAUAUCACGAAGGCAAUCUCAUGGUCUCUAUGGACCCAGCGCGCAUUGGUCCCCACGCGUCUUCAAAGGGCUUCAUUCCCCCGCUGACACUGGAGCAGGAGAUGGCCUUGGCAGUGGUGCAGGAGGUGGCCAAUAAGCACCAGCUGAGGCUGGACCAACAGGCUGGCGAUCUGGUAUAUCUGAACAAUUGGGGCUUGCUGCAUGCUAGAGAAGCUUACCAGGAUGGGGAGUCGUCGUCACGUCAUUUGAUCAGACUCUGGCUGCGCAAUGAGGCAUUAGGGUGGUCGAUCCCUGCUUCCAUGCAGGAUCCGUGGGACUGUUCCUUUGGGCACAAAGCCAAGAAGGUCGUCAACCACGACUACCCUAUCAUACCAAUGCCGAAGUACGUAGAGUCCAAGUACAGCAGCGGCACCGCCGCAUUUGUUAGAGAAGACGACGACGAAGAUGACGAUGCGAACGACACUCAGACUGGGACUAGCGGUCAGGAGGAAAAGAAGUUAUGA